AUGUCUAAUCCCGCGAACUACACCGUCGGCUGGAUCUGUGCCAUAACGACAGAGUACGUCGCCGCACAAGCGUUUCUCGACGAAAGGCACGAUGGCCCGGAGUACGUCUCCACCCACGACAACAAUCACUACACUCUAGGUAAAGUCGGGAAGCAUAAUGUUGUCAUCGCGGUCUUGCCAGACGGAGAGUACGGCAUAUCCUCUGCUGCAGGCGUCGCGAAGGACAUGUUGCACAGCUUUCCCAACGUCAGAAUCGGCCUGAUGGUCGGCAUCGGGGGCGGCGCGCCAAGUCGAAAGCAUGAUAUUCGUUUGGGCGACAUUGUUGUCAGUACGUCCCGCGAUGGACGAGGUGCCCUCUUCCAAUACGAUUUCGGCAAGGCAAUACAAGGGCAGGAGUUCCAAGAGACAGCGCUCCUAAACCAGCCACCGAUUGUGCUUCGAACGGCCGUUAGCGGCCUAAGGGCUCAAUAUGAGACCGAAGGACAUCGGCUAAGCGACGUAAUCGAUGAUGUUCUCGAAAAGAAGCCCAGACUGCGGAAGAAAUACAAGCGGCCCGACACCGGCACUGACAAGCUCUAUCAAAGUGCUGUCACACACCCUCCCGACGACGAAUCCAUCUGUGCGGCAGUCUGUGGUGACGACCCGUCGGACAUGAUAUGGCGAUCUGAACGUACAGAAGAUCACGACAACCCUGCUAUUCACUACGGCCGGAUCGCCUCGGCCAACACGUUGAUGAAGGACGCGUUGACUCGGGAUACACUUGCGGCAACAAGGGGUGUUUUGUGUUUUGAAAUGGAGGCCGCAGGAUUGAUGAACCAUUUCCCUUGUCUAGUUGUUCGGGGUAUCUGCGACUACUCCGACACCCACAAGAACAAGGCGUGGCAAGGAUAUGCAGCAAUGACGGCGGCCGCAUACGCGAAAGACGUCCUGUGUCAAAUUCCUCCAAAUAAGGUCGAGGCGCAGGAGAGGAUCAGCAAGCUUGUCGAGAGUGUUCUUGCUUCUGUAUCGGAGAUUCAUUCCGUCACAGCCAGGGUGAAGGAAGGAGUGCAAGACGUGCACACAGUUGCUCUCGAUAUCGACCAGAAGGCCGUCCUUUCGCGACUCGAGGACGAAGUCGCCGCGGGAGCCUCGUUUGACUCCCUCACCGAAGUAUACAACCCCAGAUGUCUUCCAAAUACCCGAGUAGAGCUUCUUCGACAAAUAUCGGCUUGGGCUGUCAGACCUGAUGAGGAGGUCUUCUGGCUCAACGGUAUGGCAGGGACGGGCAAGUCUACCAUUUCUCGGACGAUCGCCCACUCCUUCCACGCGGAAAACCGCCUCGGUGCCAGCUUCUUCUUUAAGAGGGGCGAAGGCGAUAGAGGGAGCGUGUCCAGGUUCUUCUGUACAAUUGCGGCCGAUCUGACAAGAAGAGUACCUGCCGUCGCUCGCCACAUCAAGGACGCCAUUGAUAGCGACCAUGCCAUACUGAGAAAGGCAAUGGAAGAGCAGUUCGACAAGCUCAUUUUGCAGCCGCUGUCGACUGUCCAGUCACAUACACAAGAGAAAGAUCCAAUCUUACUCAUUAUCGAUGCACUCGAUGAGAGCGAUCAGGAGGACGAUAUUAAACGCCUGAUCCACCUCUUUUGUCGUGCCAAGAACUUGCGGUCUGCACGGCUCAGAUGUCGAGGUGACAAGCAACUGUCCGAAUUCCUAGAUGACGCCAUGCGAUUCAUCCUUGCCAACACUUACGCUAUAGACAAUACGCCACUCCAGAUAUAUUCCUCUCUCCUUAUCUUUUCGCCAAACAGGAGCACAGUACGCGCUACUUUCAGAAGCGAGAUACCGCGAUGGAUAUCUCUACUGCCAAAGGUAAACGACUAUUGGGGGCUAUGCAUGCAGACGCUCGAGGGCCAUGACCACGGGGUCACCUCGGUGGCCUUCUCGCCCGAUUCAGCGCUCGUGGCAUCGGGCUCCAACGACCAGACGAUCCGACUCUGGCGCGUCGCAACAGGCGAGUGUGUGCGGACGCUCAAGGGUCAUGACAGCUGGGUCAGCUCGGUGGCCUUCUCGCCCGAUUCAGCGCUCGUGGCAUCGGGCUCCUACGAUGGGACGAUCCGACUCUGGCGCGUCGCCACAGGCGAGUGCGUGCAGACGCUCAAGGGCCAUGACCGCUGGACGCUCAAGGGCCAUGACCGCUGGGUCCGCUCGGUGGCCUUCUCGCCCGAUUCAGCGCUCGUGGCAUCGGGCUCCGACGACAACACGAUCCGACUCUGGCGCGUCGCCACGGGCGAGUGCGUGCAGACGCUCAAGGGCCAUGACGACGGGGUCAGCUCGGUGGCCUUCUCGCCCGAUUCAGCGCUCGUGGCAGCGGGCUCCGACGACCAGACGAUCCGACUCUGGCGCGUCACCACAGGCGAGUGCGUGCAGACGCUUGAGGGCCAUGACGACGGGGUCAGCUCGGUGGCCUUCUCUCCCGAUUCGACGCUCGUGGCAUCGGGCUACGACGGGACGAUCCGGCUCUGGCGCGUCGCCACAGGCGAGUGCGUGCAGACGCUCGAGGGCCAUGACCACGGGGUCAGCUCGGUGGCCUUCUCGCCCGAUUCAGCACUCGUGGCAUCGGGCUCCGACGACUGGACGAUCCGGCUCUGGCGCGUCGCAAUGGGCGAGUGCGUGCAGACGCUCGAGGGCCAUGACGACUGGGUCAGCUCGGUGGCCUUCUCGCCUGAUUCAGCACUCGUGGCAUCGGGCUCCGACGACAACACGAUCCGGCUCUGGCACGUCGCCACGGGCGAGUGUGUGCGGACGCUCAAGGGUCAUGGCAGCUCGGUCAGCUCGGUGGCCUUCUCGCCCGAUUCGACGCUCGUGGCAUCGGGCUCCAAUGACUGGACGAUCCGGCUCUGGCGCGUCGCAACGGGCGAGUGCGUGCAGACGCUCAAGGGCCAUGACGACUGGGUCCGCUCGGUGGCCUUCUCGCCCGAUUCAGCGCUCGUGGCAUCGGGCUCCUACGACAGGACGAUCCUAAUCUGGCGCGUCGCCACAGGCGAGUGCGUGCAGACGCUCAAGGGCCAUGACAACGGGGUCAGCUCGGUGGCCUUCUCGCCCGAUUCAGCGCUCGUGGCAUCGGGCUCCGACGACUGGAAGAUCCGGCUCUGGCGCGUCGCCACUGGAGAGUGCCUGCAGACACUUCAUGUUGGGUUUGCUUCGUUGCGCCUGUCUUUCGAGUACUGCAGUACACGUUUGCUGACCGAUCGUGGUGUUGUCGCCACACAAGUGGAGACAUCUGGAUGUUCUCCCACUGACCCUAUCGCCAAUGCUUCGGCUGUUGUUUUCUCCUCAUUCGGCAUCAGCGAAGACCGCACCUGGAUCAUGUGGAAUGGAAACAACGUGUUCUGGCUGCCCAAGGAAUAUCGGCCCUCCGCGUCUGCGAUAUCUGGGUCUAACAUCGCGAUUGGCUCCGCGAAAGGGUGCGUAAUACUCAUCGGAUUUUCGCAUCAAGCCGUCCCAGAGUAA